AUGGAGAGCGAAGAUAUUCAGCCUGCAUCAGAAAAUCCUUCUGAAGCCAAACAGCAAGAAAAUUCUUCUCAGCAAGAAAAUAAAAUUGACCUUUUCACUGAAUCUUUAAAAGGAAAACAAGUAAUUUUCAUUGAUGCCCUUCGAGAUGCUUCAACAUAUUAUGAACAGCCCAGUGAUAUCACACCUACUCUUACAGCUCGCCUAAAUAAAGAAAUUAAAGCUUUAACUCGUGGCCUUCCUUGUGAUAAAUCAUAUUCCGCCUUCAUAGGCUUCGAUUCCUCUGAUAUGGGAAUUAUGACUGCUGCAAUAUCAGGCUCAGAGGGCACUCCAUAUGCCCAUGGCUUGUUUUUUUUGGAUAUUUAUUGUGAUUGUGCAUAUCCAGAUUCUCCUCCUCAAUUUACAUUGAUAACUACUGGAGGUGGAGAAGCCUAUUUUGGCCCAAAUCUGUAUAGUAGUGGCUAUGUCUGUUUAUCAAUUAUAAAUACCUGGUCAGGCGAUCCAGAAGAAAUGUGGAGCCGUGAUAAAAAUAUUUUACAAGUAAUUUUGUCGAUACAAGCUUUAGUUAUGGAUAACGAUAUCAUCCAGAAAGAGCCUGGCUGGGAAGGUACCGAUACUGAUGAUCCAGAUAAUAUUGCAUAUCAAAAUGCUGUGAAAUAUUUAAAUAUAAGAUGGGCAAUGCUUGAAAAUUUACGAAAUCCACCUAUGGGAUUCGCAGAAAUUAUUGAUCUUUAUUUCAGGCAUAAAAGAGAUUAUAUUUUGAAUGAAAUCAAUGGCUGGCUUAUCAAAGCAAAAAAUGAAGCAGAUAAUUACCAAUCACAAGGGAUGGCAAUGGUCGCAAACCCUAAAGUACUAGAAAGAAUGCAAAAAGAAGGGACUUAUAAGGUUUUAUCCUCAAUUGUAAAUGAACUUGUUACAGAAUUUGAGUCAAGAUAUGGGCCUUCAGAUGUAAAACUUGACUUAUAUGAAGAAAAUUCUGUAGCUACUGAAUCAUGUGUAGCUGGAAUAGCUGAAGAGAAACAAGUUUUGGCUGUGGCUAAAGUGAUUGAGCAUUGUGAAGAAGAAAUAGAGAAUGCAGGAGAAAAUCUAGAGCAAUAUUUUGAAGAAGAAAAAUGGGAAGAUCCAGAUCAGUUCUCAGAAUAUGAUGAAGAUGGUGUGAUUAUUCCCAAUCUAGAAAAUGUACCGAACCUGUUCAGGGAGCCUUCAGCUUCAGACCCAGAGGCACCUGAUAGUACAAAUUUGUAUUUUCAACACCUUGGAAAUUUAAGACUGCAGCUACUUGAUAUAUCUGAAGGAUUUUUCAAUGAUUUCGGCUAUAAUAGUUCUUCAAUCGAUGAAUCUGGGCUUGCAAGAAUUAAUAAAGAAAUUAAAGCUUUAUCAAGAAGUUUGCCAUGUGAGGCACAAGGAUCUGUAUUUGUAGCCAUAAAUAGCUCAAAUUUAAGUAUGAUAAAAGUAUUGAUUUCUGGGCCUGAAGACUCUCCAUAUGAGCAUGGUUUAUUUUUAUUCGACAUAAAACUGCCUCAGAAUUAUCCAAAUUCUCCUCCAGAAAUGACAAUUAAAACAACUGGAGAUGGCAAUUUAAGGUUCAACCCUAAUCUCUAUAACACUGGAUUUGUGUGCCUAUCAAUUAUAAAUACAUGGGGCGGGAAUCCUGAAGAAAUGUGGAAUCCAAGCUACAGUACUUUAUUGCAAGUAUUUUUGUCAAUCCAAGCUCUGGUUAUGAAUAGUGAUGUUUUACAAAAAGAACCAGGCUGUGAAGGGUUUUUAACUGAUGACCAAGAUAAUAUGGAAUAUCGAGCUAUUGUUAUGUAUGGGAAUAUUAAACAUGCUAUGAUUGAUAUGAUGAGAAAUCCACCACAAGAGUUCAAAGAAAUCGUGCUCAAACAUUUUGCUAUUAAAAAAGAAAAAAUAUUAGAAAGUGUGAUAGCUUGGAAAGAAAUGGCUGCAAAAGUGAGCGUGCCUUUUCAGAAUUCUAUAGUGCUGAGUCAUAAUUAUAACACUGCUGAAGUUUUUAGAAAUGAAGGAAUUUUAAAUUGCUAUGAAAGAGAAAUAGAGGAACUGAAAAAAGAGCUGGAUAAAUUGCCAGGGAUUUAG